AUGUGGAUUAACACAAAAGCAUGGACAAGCAUAUUUGUCUAUCGUUGUGUGUGUGAGUGUGUUGAGCGUGGUGUGUGGGUGAGUGAACAAACUACACGAGCUGCAUUUGAAAACAAGGUUACUGUAUUUCAAGUAUAUCGACGUUUAGCAUUGAAGUGGCAUCCUGAUAAAAAUUUGAAUAAUAAAUCUGAAGCAGAAGAAAAAUUUAAAUUGAUAUCAGAAGCCUAUGAAAUCUUAUCCGACAGUCGUGGCCGAUUUUUAUAUGAUAAAUUUGGGCGAAAUGUUGUUCAUUCUGAAACAACAAACGAAGAAUUAGAACGUUUAUUUCGUAUGGUAGUUAACGAUGAAACAUUUCGUCGUAUGUGUGAAGAACAGUUUCGUCAACAUAUUAUGGAACAACAAUCAUUAUCACCUAAUAGAAAACUAGAAGAGAGUGAUAUGCUAUUGAAAACAAAAAAAGAUGAAAAUGAACUCGAUACUGAUCUUAGUUGUUUUAUAUCCGAAAAUGGAUUUAAUGAUGAUAAAUUUGAACAUGUCUACCAUGUUGUGGAUGAAAAUGAUCAAGAAACAUUUGAGAAAUUAAUUGUCAGUGAUCAAAUAAACCAUGAUGCAGGUCAGGCUUUAAAAGAUGGGCAAGUGGUACAUGAAAUAAACAUGUCGGUUUAUUAUGAUUUUAACGUGGAUGACGAUAAUAAUUAUUACGAUUUGAAAAAUCGAUAUUUUGUUGAUAACGUGAAACAGGAAUCACCAUCAACAACUAUUCAAACAAAUAGCGAGUCGCAUGUAUCAGAAAAAGCUAAAAAAAAGAAAAAAAAGCAAUCAAAUGGGAAUGAAGAUGAAUCAAAUACCGUUUCUGCUAAAAAUCCACCGGAAGGUCACAAAUAUCAAUCACGUUUUUCUAAACUAAAACUUUCGAAUAAUAUAGAUCGGCUUGUUCAAAUGUAUGAUUAUUUACAUCAUCAGCAAAAGCGAAAAAUAACACCAACUAAUUCACAACAGCGACAACAAGACGACCAUACAACGUCAAAGAAUAAUGAAAACAGUAAACGAAAACCACGUGAUUGUUCACGUAAGAAUAAUAAAUCGAAGGCUUAUCGUGAUCCAUCGUUUUCUUUACCAAAACAUUUUUCAAUACCGGUUAACCACCAUCAUCACAAGCCAACAGUAGCAAAUCAAAAUAUCGAUUAUAAUAUUUUACAAAAGGAUGUUUGUCAUCAAACCGAAGGAUCACUUAAAAAUAAUAAUAAUCGUAUGAAUGAACUGGAAAAUGUCGAAUUGAAUAAAAAAAAUACGCCACCUUUGCAGUCAUUGCAAUCAGAUGAUAAACAAAAACAUCCGUCUGGCUAUUUUAAACGAUUCCAGAACUAUUUCAUACCUAAUUUGCAACAAAAUAUUAAGCAAUCAUCAGAGACUCCAGCGACUUUAAAACCGCCACUACCCAAGUUCAAACGUAACAUUGAUCAACCACCACUUGAAAUAAAUACUCGACAAAAUUUAUCUACUAGCGAGGAUAUUCGAGAAAGAAAUAUCGCUAAUAAUAAUAGUGAUCAAAAUCAGUUAUUCCACAAUGUAUUUCCAACAAAUCUGGCUAUGAAUUCUACUUUAAAUGGACCUAGUAAAGAGCUUGACGCUGGAUAUAAUCGUUCACAACAAAACUCAAAUGUUCAUCUUGAAAAUAGACGAAAACAUUUUAUACCCUCUCUGGAUGAUGGAAAUUGUCAACUUGGUAACACUAAACAAGAUGUUUUGAAAACACAGAACUCAUUUCAGAAUAAAAUACAGCUAGAAAAUACAGUAAACGAGCCACAAAAAAUUAAUAACCAUUUGACUCAGUCUCCACAACAAAGUUUCAAAAGUUCUUAUGAAAAUGAACUCGCCGAUAAACGUAUAUCAUCAUCAUUAUUGAAUCGAAGAGUUGAACUUGGAAAAAAUAUACAAAAUACUGCUCCUACUAUUGAAAAGGAAAUAUCCAGAGAAAAUACAGUACAUAGAUCUUCACAAAGUACUAAUAAUCAACAGCCAAUAUCUCAAAAUGGAGGUCCGUCGCUUAAAAUUACCAUACCGUCAUUAGACGAACGAGAAUUGAACUUUUCUAAUCUCGAGCAACCACGAAAAUAUACUAACAAUAAACAAAAUGGUGUAAAAUUCAAUCAUUUUGAAAAUCGACAAACUGGUAACGAUAAAUUAUUUUUAAUUGAGCCCUAUGUUCAACAACAGUCACAAAUUCAACAACAGUCUCAUGUUCAACAACAGCCUCAUGUUCAACAACAGCCUCAAGUUCAACAACAGUCUCAUGUUCAACAACAGUCUCAUGUUCAACAACAGCCUCAUGUUCAACAACAGCCUCAAGUUCAACAACAGUCUCAUGUUCAACAACAGCCUCAUGUUCAACAACAGUCUCAUGUUCAACAACAGUCUCAUGUUCAACAACAGCCUCAUGUUCAACAACAGUCUCAUGUUCAACAACAGCCUUAUGUUCAACAACAGCCUCAUGUUCAACAACAGCCUCAAGUUCAACAACAGCCUCAUGUUCAACAACAGUCUCAUAUUCAACAACAGUCUCAAGUUCAACAACAGCAAGCUCACACGCCAUACAUAAAUAAUAACAUAUCAUCAGUAUUGAGAAAUGGAGCACAACGUCAAAUAAAUAAUACUUCAAAUAAUAUUUCAUCAGAUAAAAUCCAUAAUAAAAUAACUCAAUCGUAUGCUAGGCUACCAAAUACUGAAAACUUGCAAACUUCUCCAAUAUACCCACGACAAAAUACCGACGAUUACUAUCAAGAAUCAUCUUUGAAACGUACACACCAAACUCCUACUUCAUAUUCUCCUAUGAUUCCAAUAGCGAAUAGAGUACAACAACAAGGUCAGGGUAAUCCUACACAAGUAAAACUUGGUCCCCAAAAAAAUCAAAACGAAUACUUAAAUCGUGUUGAUAGUUCAAAUAUUAAGCAACUCAAUAACGAAACUAAUCAGUCUCAGCCAAAACAACAACAAACAGAUGCCAACUAUUUGACAUUGAUUAAGGAUCUUUUGAAUCAAAAUAGUUUUGACCAAAAGUCAAACCAGUCAGAUAUAUAUCAUGAUCCAAUAACAAAUACAUUUACACCUGUUACUGAAAUACAGAAACAUUUAAGGAAAAAAGGUCCAAAUCAACAACGUCCCAAAUCUAUCGGCAUUUUCAGUAAUUCAUUCUCGAUACCUAACAAUAUUCAACCGAUCGAAUUACUUGAAAUACCAAACGAAAAUGCUCACCCACAAUAUUACCGCAAUCCUAUCUCGGAAGAAAGAAAAAACUUUAGUGCCUUCGAUUUUGAACCCAUUGAAUCCAAACAAUUACCAUUCGUAUCAUCAAAUCCUUCACAAAAAUUUCGUCGUACUCGAUCAGCUAGACAAUUAGUUCGACCAAAUUUAGUAACGAGAUCUCAGAAAGAUCUGCGCAAUUUAUCAGCGUAUGAAGUUAAUAAUGAACAUUCAGCAAAACGUUUAUUCCAAAAUAACAAUAAUGAACAGUUAAAUAGUAAUACUUUGAAUAUACCAAAUUAUUUAUUACCAAAAGGGCGAUCAGCAUCGACACCGUUACAUCCGCCAGAUAAAAUAGUCAAUGAAUAUCUACCGAUGAAAACGGUGAUGUUAAAUAUAACAAAUAUGUCUCAUACAGCUAAUAAUCCCAUUGUAUUUAAAGAGAAGAGAAGUCAAGAAGAUAAACGUCGUAAAUAUGAUCAAAUCGGACGUAACGGACGUUAUGGACAAAAUAUGCAUUUUGGAACAGAUGAUGAUUUUAUUCAUCGAACAUUUCAUUUUCAUGAUCCAUUUGAAAUAUUUGCACAAUUUAUGAAUCAUUUUGGAGGAGGAAUGGAUGAUGAUUUUAGUUUUGGUAAUCAUCUAGGUGGAUUUGGGAAUCUAGGUGGUUUUCAUGAUUUACAUCAAAAUAUUCAUAGUUUACAUAAUUUUCAUCAUCGUGGUGGUCCUAAUUCAGAUAAUCAUCGGCAACAAUCUCGUUCUCAACGUCAACAAAUAAGUUUAUUCGAUGACUUUUUUUCACCAAUGAGAAUGCCAUUCGAUUCAUUUGGUAGUGAUGGAUUUGGAACUAUAUCAUCAUUUAAUUUUACAUCAGACUCGAAUGGAUCUCGACCUUUAGCCAAAAAAACGACAAGAUCAGCAAAAACAGUUGGUGGUAAACGAGUUGUGACGACAAGAGUUGAAGAAAAUGGUCAAAUAACGGAAAUAGUUGAAGAAGAUGGGAAAGUAACAUCUCGUAAAGUGAAUGGUGUGCAAAUGGCAAUUAAAAGUUAA